GCCGUGUUUGCUCUUCAGUCCUGGAUGGAGAGCGCAUUGUUAUUGUUAUUGCACACAAAAAUAAAGAAAGAAGUGAUUACCAAGGAACCCUUCACUGAUGUGUUUUUGGUGAUGGUGUCUCCAAACCUUCAACAACUUCACUGACAACACCAGUGAGCAAAAUAUCUAGGUUUUUUUUGCUGCUGAAUAGAAUCCAAAGAAAGACGGAGCGUGGGCAGGCUCUCUAUUGGUAUUCAGGAUUUUUUUUCACGCUCCUAUCACCAUCAUUAACGGCGCACUUAAAAAAAAAAUACGAAAAAGGUCAUCCUGCCUCCAGCUACGUUUUCUUUUUUUUUUUUUUUUGAGAUGUGCAUUAGUUUAUUCAGUGCAUUUUUGUGAAGCUGCGUUCAAGCUGGAGGAAACCACGCUGCCGACACGUUGCGCAGCCGCGAUGCGUUUCUGCGUGCAGGCUGAACGACUGGAUGACUGACUGAACCUGGAGGAUCUUCACUGUGCGCUUCACCAGCGGCUGCGCUCGAGCUCCAUCCCGAAUACCGAUUAUAGGAAGACACCCCCCCCCAAUCCAGAGCUCUCGAGAUGAAUCUCUGAUGUUAAGACCAACACCGUUUCUCCAGAGGUGGACCCAGUGGUGCUGAUAACUAGAUUUUAGGAGCUGCUUUUGCUGGAUUCUAUUAUCAGUGCAGCAACCAUGCAUCACCUCAGUCUACCAUAUACCUCCAGUACCGGCCUGCCUGCUCUCCUCCUCAUCAUCAUCCUGAGUGUUACCAAGAUUACCCAGGCUACCACUGAUGCAUCUCACAGUAGCCCAGGGAACUGUUCAGGGGAGUACAGCUGCUCUGAGGGUGUGGUUCUCCCUGUAUGGAACCCCCAGAACCCAUCAGUGGGAGAUAAGGUGGCGCGUGCUAUUGUAUAUUUUGUUGCCCUCAUCUACAUGUUCUUGGGAAUGUCCAUCAUUGCUGAUCGUUUCAUGUCCUCCAUCGAAGUCAUCACCUCACAAGAGAAGGAAAUCACCAUUAAGAAACCCAAUGGAGAAACCACCACUGCCACGGUGCGCAUCUGGAAUGAGACGGUCUCCAACCUGACCUUAAUGGCAUUGGGUUCCUCAGCGCCGGAGAUCCUGCUGUCAGUGAUUGAAGUGUGUGGGCACAAGUUCGAAGCUGGUCAUCUUGGUCCCAGCACCAUAGUAGGUAGCGCUGCCUUCAACAUGUUUAUUAUCAUUGCGCUCUGUGUCUACGUGGUGCCCGAUGGAGAAGUGAGAAAGAUAAAACACUUGAGGGUCUUUUUUGUGACCGCAGCUUGGAGUAUAUUCGCCUACAUCUGGCUCUACCUGAUCCUCUCCGUAUUUUCCCCUGGUAUCGUGGAGGUCUGGGAAGCCGUGUUGACCUUCCUCUUCUUUCCCAUUUGUGUGCUCCAAGCUUGGAUCGCAGACCGCCGCUUGCUGUUCUACAAGUAUGUUCACAAGCGCUACCGUACCGACAAGAAUCGUGGCAUCAUUAUCGAAACUGAGGGUGAUGGUAUGUUCACUAAGAUGGACAUGGAGAUGGAUGGCCAGGGUACCAACUCUCACCACAAGGAGGUCCUGGAUGGCAUGCUUGCCGGCGUUGAGGAGGGAGGAGGCGGAGGUGCAGGUGGAGGAGGUGGGGAAGAAGAAGAGGCACGAAGGGAAAUGGCUCGGACGCUGAAGGAGCUGAAGCAAAGGCACCCUGAGAAGGACAUGGAGCAGCUGAUCGAAAUGGCUAACUACCAAGUGUUGGUUCAGCAACAAAAGAGCAGGGCGUUCUACCGCAUCCAGGCCACGCGUAUGAUGAUCGGCGCAGGAAACAUCCUGAAGAAGCAUGCAGCAGACCAGGCCAGGAAAGUAGUGAGCUGCCAUGAGGCCAAUGCUCAAGAAGAAGAUCCUCACACCAUCUACUUGGAGUUUGAGCCCUCUCACUACCAGUGCUUCGAGAACUGUGGUUCCCUCAAACUGGCUGUGGGCAGACAUGGAGGAGACAGUGGCUGCACAGUAAAGGUGGACUAUCGGACUGAGGACGGCACAGCGAACGCUGGCUCUGAUUAUGAGUUUGCUGAGGGAACACUAGUCUUCAAACCAGGCGAGACCAUAAAGGAGCUGACGGUCGGUGUCAUAGAUGAUGACAUCUUUGAGGAAGACGAGCAUUUUUAUGUGCACCUCAGUAACCCGCGUGUUGUUCAUCGAGCCGAGGUUUCCAUUCUCGACCCCAACACCCCAGGUAAUAGCCUCUUAGGCUCUGUCCCAAUCCAGCCAAAAGCUGCACUGGGUUCUGCUCAUACUGCCACGGUGACAAUCUACGAUGACGACCACGCGGGGAUCUUCACGUUCGAGAGUGCGUCGAUGCGCGUGAGUGAAAGCGUAGGCAUCAUGCAGGUGAAGGUGCACAGGACGUCUGGAGCACGUGGGAAGGUGGCAGUGCCGUUCCAAACCAGUGAGGGAACCGCCAAGGCAGGAGAGGACUACGAGGAGGUGGCUGGAAAAUUGGAAUUUCUUAAUGAUGAGACCAUGAAGAUACUUGAGGUGAAGAUUAUUGAUGAUGAGGAGUACGAAAAGAACAAGACCUUUACCAUUCAACUGGGAGAACCCAUUCUGCUGGAAAUCGGGCAGAAGCACGGAGAUUCCAAUGAUAACAAGCCAGUAGUAGGGAUCGAGGAGGAAGAGGUGGCUAAGAUGGGUUGCCCGAGUCUGGGAGAGCACACCAAGCUGGAAGUGGUGAUUGAGGAGUCCUAUGAAUUCAAGAACACAGUGGAUAAGCUGAUAAAGAAGACUAACCUUGCGUUGGUAGUGGGCAGCAGUAGCUGGCGAGAACAGUUUGUCAGUGCUGUCACUGUCAGUGCAGGUGAUGAUGAUGAAGAAGAAAGUGGUGAAGAGCGCUUGCCCUCUUGCUUUGAUUACAUCAUGCACUUCCUGACCGUCUUCUGGAAGGUUCUUUUCGCCUUCGUUCCACCCACAGAGUACUGGAACGGCUGGGCAUGCUUCUUUGUGUCCAUCCUGCUUAUUGGUGUGUUGACCGCUGUCACCGGAGACCUGGCGUCCCACUUCGGCUGCACUAUUGGCCUGAAGGACUCGGUCACUGCUGUGGUGUUUGUUGCCCUCGGCACAUCGGUACCUGACACCUUUGCCAGCAAAGUGGCUGCCAUCCAGGACCAGUACGCCGACGCGUCCAUCGGCAAUGUGACGGGCAGCAAUGCCGUGAACGUCUUCCUGGGCAUUGGCGUGGCGUGGACCAUUGCCGCUGUCUAUUGGCAAAGCAAAGGCCAGCAGUUCAAUGUGCCACCCGGCUCGCUGGCCUUCUCUGUGACGCUCUUCACCAUACUGGCACUGCUCUGCGUGCUCACACUGCUUUACCGCCGUCGGGCCUCCGUCUCUGGAGGAGAACUCGGGGGGCCGCGGACCGCCAAGCUCCUCACCGUUCUGUUCUUCGUCACCCUGUGGCUCAUCUACAUUUUACUGGCAUCGCUGGAGACCUACUGUCAGGUGCCUGGCUUCUAAAAGUCACAGAGAUGAAAAUGGGAGGAAAAAAGCGAUAGAGAAGAAGAAAAAAAAAGAGAGAGAGAGACCAAGAAAGAGAUUUCCUUCCUGUGCAACCACAUAAUUAUUCUCCCUACUGUUGUGACAUACUGUAUCUAUAAAGUGUUCAAAUUGAUGUUUACAUUUGUUAUUGCACAUAAUUAGUGUUGUUGGAAUGGGACCAGUUCCUUCUUGCUCCCACUGAGGUGGAUUCUCGGUGCUUGUGCAGGGUCUUGAGAUUUUUUAUGAUAGCUGGAGGGAACUCAGAGACAUCACGCGCUUCACGGUUUACUACUUACGGUGUUCCAGCACCUUCUACUCUUCACUACAUAGGAUUCGAAGCAAUCUCAUGUCCAGCUUAUCCGAUAUUGGGUCUGUCUUGAUUUUAAUUUUACUCUUUAUGCCAUUUAUUUUACACCUUCCACCACAUCCUGCUUCCGGGCUACAGACUCGGGGGUGGAGAAGUGCUUAAUCGCUUCCGAGUCUAUUUAGAACACAACAUUUCAGACUUCCAGCCUCCUCUUUGGCCUGCCCUGCAGAUUCUCACAGACCCACAUGCACAAACCAGCAUCUUCUGCUUCCAACCCUUCCACCUACUCUCUAUUUAUACUGUUUUAAGUGCCCGUCUUGUGCAAGUGUUGGGAAUUUUAUAUUAUUAUUAUUAUUAUUAUUAUUAUUAUUAUUAUUAUUAUUAUUUAUUUAUUUCUAAAAUGAAACUAAACCUAUGGAAUGUGUUUGCCAGUUUUGCUGAAAAGAAGGGGUCACCAAAAAGACCCAGCACAAGAGAGCAAAAUAUGCUGUAUUAUGUAGAGAUAUAACUAUCAUAGAUGUAUAUUCACAAUAACUGCUAUUUAUUAUCCUUGCCUGUAUAUUAUGUGUUCAGGUGUGUGUGUGUGUGUGUGUGUGUGUGUGGGUGUGUGGGUGGGUGUGUGAGAGAAAGAAAGUGAAAGAGAUGAUAUUUUAGAUAAGCAAUGUGGUACUCAGAGAAAAAACAAUGCAAAGUGGCACCAGUGUGUUUAGUACCAGCAUGCCAAGCAUGCACAUGACAGUGGAGCUGUUUUUCUGCAAGAAUUCAUACCUAAAACAUUCUUAGAUCGUAAUUUUAUGAACCGUAACCCAGUUUUGCCAGACUUCAUAUAACAACCAUUAAGACUGGCAGUUUAAUGUGAAUGGGCAGGGCUAAGUGGACAGAUAAGGGACAGGAAUAAAACUAAAAUGUUUUAGGGUUUGUCAAAAUUCUAUACAUAAUCUGUCAUCUUUUGGGUUGACCAAGAUUCCGAAAUAAUUUUGUAGUUAUUUCAACAUUCACUCGAUUAUGUCACUAUUCACACACGAUCGCAUGGAAUGUGCCAUUGCAAACAUGAACAAAAACUAAUUCGAUUUGGAAUUUUAAACAAACACAGUUCUGAUAUAGUGUUCACCUACAUUAGAUGGACAAAUGUUUGUAGAGACCUGACCGUCAGAUUGGUAUGUGCCUUUUGAACACAAUAUUCCAGACUUAGUCCCUAUUUGCUGUUAUAAAAAGCUCCACUAUUCUGGGAAGAUGUUCUACUAGAUUUUAGUGUGUUUGUAGCGCUUUCUGCACAUCCAGCUACAAAUAAAUUCAGUUACUGUUGUAGGUGAGGUGAGGAGGCCUGAGGUGCAGUCAACAUUCAAGUUUAUCCCAAAGGUGUUCAGAGGUCAGAGCUCUGUAGCAGGUUACUCAAGAUCUUCCACACACA